GGUCAAUGUAUUUUCUGAUUAUUACAAAUGUUUCAGAAUAGGCUGUCAGUCUGGGAACUGGUUUGUAAGAACAAUACAAGGUGAGGAACCAGUAGACCUCUAAGAAGGUGCAGAAUAAUCUAGAAGCAUGAUUGACGUUGACUGGUCUCCAGGUCUUACUGCUCACUGGACCAGCAGCUUCAAGAUGUUCAGGUGAAAGGAAAAUGACCUAAAGACUGAACCUGGGGGUAGAAACUGGUGUAUUCUGGUUUUAAUUUUCAAACCGUUGAGAUUUUAUUUGAUCAACAAUUGCAAUGGACUGCUGUAGAUGACAGUACCUUCAAUCAUUUACAAUAAAACAGAGGAAAUGAACUCUGUUAGCAUUAAUAUUCACCUAGUUCCUCCAAAACAUCCUGCUCUGGUCCCUCAGCUGAUCUUCCUUCUACUUCUCCAGGUUCUUCUGGUUCUGGAAGCGAUUAUGCUUCGAAGCAGCAGAGCCCAAGCUAGAAGAUGCUGGUUGGAGAUCCGGCAAUCCCGCUAUCUGUCCUCCGCUCCAGCACCACCUGAACUCCGUAGACUGCAUUACCCAGCAAGCAGCAGGAGCAGAAGGUACCAGGCAGGUCAGGAGAUGGGCCAGCUGAGCCUAGCGCAGAUCAACAGAAUCUUAAAGGCCAACGAACACAGCCACAUCCUGCCCAGAGGCCCCACCUCCCAUGGAGUGCUGGGUUUCCAUAGCAACACACUUCCCUCUAACCACCCUAGUGAGGAUCGACGGAGCAGCGCCACCUGCCUGCUGGGUCGGGGCGGGGUUCUGUUUGGUGUGUUUGACGGCCACGCAGGUCCAUCGUGUGCUCAGGCCAUCAGCCAGAGGCUCUUCUACUACUUCACUGUGGCCAUGCUGCCACUGAGAACGCUGCAGGAACUGGACCGGGCCGUGGAGGAGGACCGGGCGGUACCACCGCUGUUGGAGUGGCACAAACACCCCCAGGAUCACAGCAGCCCCGACGGCGGCGCCAUCUCCUUCCACAGCCUCAGGAACUACUGGCAGGAGAGGCUGGAUGAGGAUGACGAAGAGGACAACGAGGAUGAUGGCAGAGUGACAUCAGCACUGAUGGAUGCGUUCAGACGUCUAGACUAUGAUGUGUCUGUGGAGGCUCAGGUCCACCUGUCCCUGUCCUCUCCCAGACGGGUGUCCAUCCCUGGGGAAGGCUUUUCUCUGUCCUCUCCCCUCCGGGUGGCGCUGUCAGGCUCCACUGCUUGUGUUGUUCACGUCUCUAACGGCGUUCUGCAUGUGGCCAACCUGGGGGACAGUCGGGCGGUCCUUGGCGUCCAGGAAGAGGACGGGCGCUGGAUGGCGCUGAGCCUCACCAACGACCACAAUGCCCAGAACCCUGAAGAGCUACAAAGGAUUCUGGGGGAGCACCCGGCUUCGGAGAGGAAGACGGUGGUCCGUCAUGACAGGCUGCUGGGCCUGCUGCUGCCCUUCAGAGCUUUCGGAGACGUUCGCUUCAAAUGGAGCCCGGAGAUGCUGAGCCGACUUUACGACACACGUCCAGAUGUCCUGUCUGCCGUCAGCGAGUCGGUCCGGACUCUGCCGCCUCAUUACCUGACCCCGCCCUACCUGAGCGCCCAACCUGAGGUCACGCGACACCUCAUGAAGCCUGCAGACAAGUUUCUGAUCCUGGCAACGGAUGGACUGUGGGAGCUCAUGCACCGGCAGACGGUGGUCCAGCUGGUUGGAAACCAUGUAGCAGGUCUUCAGCAGCAGAGGCCCAUCGUCCCCAGCGCUGACACCACCCUGGGCAGCCUGCAGCGCCUCCUGCUGGAGCGGAGGGGCCGAGUCCAGUCGGUCCUGGAGGACCAGAACGCGGCCACCCACCUGCUGCGCCACGCCUUGGGUGACGACGGGUACGGAUCCGUGGACCAGAACCGCCUGGCCCGGAUGCUGAGUCUACCGGCAGAUUUGGCCCGCAGGUACCGUGAUGACAUCACAAUCACUGUGGUCCACCUGAACGACCUCUGAGGUCAGAUAAAGGUUCCUGUUGUUCAAAGAACCAAACUCGUUUCAUUUUGAUGAACUGGACCAGCAGGGUUCUGAUGGACACAUCUACAGUCAGCAGCAGUAUCAGAACCAGUGGCGGAUCAUGGUUCUUCUUCAUGUAGCUCUAAUGUAGCUCUCAUUCAUAUUGAUAAUCAGGAGUCUCCACUUUCCAAAGACUUCAUAUCGUGCUUGGACAGCUUUGGACUUCAGCAAUACACAACUUUUCCCACGCAUACAAAGGGAACAUAUAUUGGAUUAAAUCUGCUGAGUUACACCCACUGACUGUAAAGCGGAUUCCCUGCCAUUCUCAGAUCAUUUCUUUCUACCAUUUGGAGUUAAUAUUUCACUUUCUAAAUCUAACCCCCACGUGACAUAACCUUCCGUAAAAUUAAGGACAUUGACCUGGAUAAUUUAUCACAUUGUAUUAAUAGACUACCUACUGCUCAUCAUUUUUCUUCCACAGAUGAACUAUUGGCUCACUACAACAAAAGUCUUCACAGCAUCCUGAACAAUCUUGCUCCACUUAAAACCAGAUCUGUCUCUUUUACUCAAACUGCACCUUGGUUUAAUUCCACUCUUCGACAGUUAAAAACAAAAGGACGUCGCCUUGAAAGACUGUACCGAAAAACUGGUCUCACUGUUCACAAAGACAUGUAUUCCAGUCACAUUCUUCUAUACAAAGAUGCAAUUUCUUUAGCCAAAUCAAUAUAUUAUUCCACUUUAAUCAGUUCUAACAAGGACAACUCCAAAAUUUUAUUUUCCGUACUUGCAACCACUACCAGACCAUUAGAUUCCCUUCCUCCCCACCUGUUUACCUCUGAUUUUUGUAACACUUUGGUAUCAUUUUUUACUUCUAAGAUAGAAAUUAUCCAUCAGGAACUUAUACCCAGUCUUGCCUUAACAUCAUCUGUCCCAGUUUCAGUUGUUCCUAUAAUUCAUUCUCGGUCUUCAGCCUCCCUUCUGUUGAUGAUGUCACCAAAUUAAUUCAAAAAUCUAACUCUUCAACCUGCCAUUUAGAUCCUCUUCCCACUGUUCUUGUUAAAGCCACCCUUUCCUCUCUCUCCCCUCUCAUCACUAACAUUGUGCAUUCUUCCAUUACUACUGCUGUUGUUCCCUUGGCUCUCAAAACUGCAGCAAUAAUCCCAAUACUUAAGAAACCUGGUUUAGAUCCCAAUGAACUCUAAUCUCAAAUCUUCCAUUUAUUUCAAAAAUUCUAGAAAAGACA